AUGAAAUGUUGUAAGAAAUUUAAAUACUUUUUACCCAAAUAUAUUUUAAAUAAUGAUGAUGAAAUUCAAAACAAAUAUACCUUACAUAAAAUAUAUAAUUUGAAUAAUAAGUUUGGACAUUUUUUAAAAUUGAUCUUAUGUCUACCCUUUAUUUUGAAAACAGUAUUAUGGGUAUUUUUAACCAUAUCUGUAUUUAAUGUUUGCAUAUAUGACUUAAUAUUACCUUGUAUCGCACCGUUCGAUAGUAUAUAUUCAAGAUCAUUAUGUGAAAAUGUUAAAUCCAAAAAUUCGAACGAUACUAUUAAAGUACCUGUAUUAACAAAUAAAGUAUUUUCAUUACCAAAUGAAAAGAAAUUAACUGUAUCGGAAGAUAUAUGUGAUCAUAAUGUGAAUUUUAUUUUUACGUUUAAUGAAAAACUGAUUAACUAUUUAAAAAAAUAUAAAAUGUCGGAUGAUUAUAAACCAAUAACGUAUGUAAAAAACUAUGCUGUAUAUAAUAGUAAUAAUAAUAAAAAAGAUGAUAUUUUAGAUAGAAGAAUUUAUAAUAUAGGAAAAAAUGAAGAAGAUAUUAUUAAGACUAUGGAAAAUUUAUGGUUAGAAUUUAUGGAGAAUGAAAAAGAAAAAUAUUAUUUGUUAAAAGAUCGAUUAUCUAAAUAUAAUGAUAAGUUAAAAAUGCAAAGUAAAUGUUCAGAUGAAUAUUUUUCAAAACAAAAAUGGAAUAAUUGUAAUGAUCUUAUAUAUAAAGGUUCUAAGGAUCUUGAGGAAAAAUUAAAUAAAAUGUUUUAUGAAUGGUUUAGACAAAAAAAUUUUAAUUUAGAGGAAUAUAGACGAUUAACCGUUUUAUGUAGAAUAGGUUGGAAAGCUUUAUCUAAUUAUGUAGAAAAUGCUUGUAAAGAAAUUAUUCAUUCUGAUUUAGAUAUAAUUAAUAUGAAAAAAGGAUCCAACUUGAAUAAUGGUUUAAAUAAUAAUGAAUAUAAGAAUAGUUGUAAAAAUUCACAUUUUAAUACCUCAUCUUGUAUUCAUAAUCAGAAAUUAGUUAAUUCGUUUGUAAAUUUUGAGAAUUCUGUGAGCUUCAAUUAUGAAGAAAGUCUCAUAAGUGCACCUUAUAUUGACGAAGACACAUCCGAUUCAUCCUAUGAAACUGCAGAAAAAAAUAUAAAUUAUAAUAAUAAUAUGAGUCAACCCAAAACUAUAGUUGAACCACAAAUUAUGGAAAAAUCGAAUAAUAUAGAAGAAAGUGAAAAUGUUCAAUAUUUAAAAAAUAAUGGAAAAAUAAAAGAUAAUGAAAAUUUACAAGAUUAUGAAAAAGAAAAAUUAAAAAAAAAAAAUCACACUGAAAAGGAAGUGCAAACAGAAAAAGAAAAGCGUUCCAAUAAAGAAGAUAAUUCCAAAAAAGGAAAACGUACCAAAAAAGAAAAGCAUAGCGAAAAAGAAAAAGAUAGCGACAAAGAAAAAGAUAGCGACAAAGAAAAAGAUAGCGACAAAGAAAAAGAUAGCGACAAAGAAAAAGAUAGCGAAAAAGAAGAGAAACAAAAUAAAUUCAAAAUGAAGGAUGAUUUAUUAGAAAUUAUGGAUUUAAUAAGAUUAGAAUCUUCAGAUGAACCAGAGAAAUCUAACAAUACUGGUAAAAAAAAGAAAAAAAAAAAAAGGUUUUUGAAAAAUUUUGAAAAUGUAGAAAAUUCAUCUAGAAAUAAGAAUUUUAAAAAGAUCUUUUCUAAAAAUAAAUAUACCUUAGAAGAUGAAGUUAAAUCUAUUUGUAAAGAUGGAUUUAAUAAAAAAAAGGUAUUGAUAAAAGUAAAUAUGUUUUCCAAUACUGAUGAUAAUUUUUUCAUUAGUGAUGAUGAUACAAAAACAUGCGUUGAUAGGACAUAUUAUGAUUUAUUAAAUGUUGAACCAGAUGCAAGUUUCGAUGAAAUUAAAUAUAGCUAUCGUAAGUUAGCUUUACAAUAUCAUCCAGAUAAGAAUAUAAAUGAUCCUGAAGCAAAUGAUAAGUUUCAAAAAAUAAAUGAAGCUUAUCAAGUGCUAAGUGAUCAAAACAGAAGAAAAAUGUAUGAUGAGGGUGGAAUGAAAGCUACAGAAAAUAUGUUUUUUAUUGAUGCAGCUACCUUUUUUACGAUGAUAUAUAGUUCAGAAAAACUUAAUAAAUAUAUUGGUAUUUUAAAAAUAACAACAUUUGUUCAAAUAUUAUAUGAAAACAAAAUAUAUACUGAUAAAUUAGGAGAUUUCCAAGAUGUAAUAAAAAAUAUCUUAUUAAAGGAUCAAACUAAAAGAGAGGUUGAAUUAGCUGUUUUAUUAAAAGAGAGAUUACAACCAUAUGUAGAUGGGGAUGAAAAUUGGAUUGAUAAUAUGAGAAAAGAAAUUAAAGAAUUACUUGAUUCUUCAUUUUCUGAAUCUAUUUUACAUUCAGUAGGAUGGGUAUAUAAAAAUAUAUCUAGUAGAUAUAUAAAAAAAAUGAAAAGUAUUUUAGGUUUAAAAGCAGUGGGAGAAAAUAUGCAAGCCUAUUUAAGGUGUGUAGAUAAUAUAUAUAAGGGAAAGCAAACAAUAAAUAAAAUUAUUCAGAGUUUUGACUUACUUUCCGUUUUAGAAGGUGAGGAGCUUAGUAUGAAAUUAGGAGAUAUAAUAUGUGAUGCCUUAAGAUUAAUGUUAUGGGAUAUAGAAUCAACAGUUAAGGAUGUAGCUAAGCGUGUUUUACGAGAUGAAGGAGUACAUAAGACAACUAGAUUAAAAAGGGCAGAAGCUAUGUUAAUUUUAGGGAAUUUAAUGUUAGAGAUAUCUGGUAUUGUUGGCAAUGAUUUUAUAAGUUAUAAAGUGGAUGGUAUGAAAGUAUUAGAAAGUGCAUUAAUGAAUUCAAUACGAUUUAGUGAAAAUAACGAUGACGAUUAA